UCUACGUACUUGAAUGAAUAUGCAAUCCUCGUAUACCGGUUUUUUUGCUUGUAUAUAUGAGUCUCGUUUUAUACCAUGCAGAAUGAGUUGAAUCCUCUCUUACUCUCUCAAAAUUCCAUUCGAUUUGCUACUCGAGUUGCUAUAUUCUUCAUUAUCCGAGAUGAACUCAUCGAAGCAAUCACCUGGAAACAUCCAGUGAAAUCUUUGUGUUUGGGGCUAACAAUUACUCUCCUCUACUUACAUCCUGUUUCAUUCAGUGUAAUAUUAACCCUGAUUUUUGUUACUAUGAUGCCUAUCAGCCUGACCCAUGAUGUGACAACCAAUUUGCGCGAUUUGCAAAAUUUUAUGGCUUCGUAUAGUUCCUCUUAUGAUCAAUUGGUCCAUUUUCGUCAAAAUUAUUACCACUAUAUCUCCCCAUCCACAAUCUCUUCCGUGCUUGUAAUUUUUUUAAUCGUCGUCCCUUUACUGGCUUUUUUGAGGAUUUCCAUAGAUCGUUAUUUACCAGUUGGACUAUGGAUUAUACUCAUUGCCUUGCAUCCUCACUUUCGAAGCUCUUUCUCCAAUUGGUAUUUCAUGAGACAAGACAGACUUCCUUCGUUGCAACUCCGGAACGAAGUGGCUCAAGUUUGGAAGCAUACCGUGGAAAAAGAAGGCCAAACUAUGACUUUUUAUUCCUCUUCUCCCAAAGACUCCGAACUUCCACUUGUCCCUUCCCUUGAACUCAUUGAUCCUCCUGUCAAUUAUAGCUGGGCUCCUGACAGUUCCUGGACAUUUCACUCUCCCAAUGAAUUUCAUCGGUUUGUAUAUUGGAAUCCAGAGCCUGUCAAGCUGAAGCGUACUCCAUCUGUACGAACUAGUUAAAACUAUGCUCAUUAUGCUUGCAUAUUUUUUUCAAAGAGCUUGUAUACUACUCUGAUUUUUUUCUUUUUUUUUUUUUUUUUUGAACACCCUUAAAAACCUAAUAAUACACUAAUUUUCUCAAAGUUCCUAUUGGUUCGGUUUUGCAUAAACGGUUUAGGAGAAGAUUCCUAAUACUAUAUCCGAUUUAUAUUUUAAUGAAUUCAUGAUUAUUUUACCAUAUUAUGGAACAUGUGUCUAAAGUUGAACUCUAUUGAAGCACAAUAACGAAUCGAGAACAUCAGUCAAGAAAAAACAUGUCCAAAAUCAAAUAUAUUUCAAUAGUAUACUUGUAAUAUUAGCUGCAUUGCAGAAACAAAAAAUUAUCAAAAAUUCACGUCGACUAGUAAAGCCUGCAUACGAA